AUGGGUGCUUGCAUUAUCUUCAUCAUCGGCGUUAUCAUCCAAACUGCUUCCAUUAACCGCGGCAUGCUGAUUACUGGUCGUUUCAUUGCUGGUCUCGGUGUUGGUACUCUGUCCAUGGUCGUCCCUGUCUAUCAGUCCGAACAGUGGGCUAUUACCUGGGGAAUUCUGAUCGCUUUCUGGAUUGAUUACGGCUGCCACUUCAUCAAGAGCAACGCCUCGUGGCGUGUACCUAUUGCCAUCCAGAUGGUGCCUGCUAAUGAUCCUGCUGUCAUCGAGGAGUUCGAGGAUAUCAAGGAGGUUCGCCUUGAGCGCGAGACUGUUGUCCGCAGCUACACCGAGCUGGCCAAGUACCCGAUUCGCCGCCCAGCUCACGGUAUCAACGUCAUCAUGUACUUUGCACCUUCGAUCUUCAAGCAGUAUCAACGGUGUCAUAAUAUGCUGGCCACCAUUCCUGCCAUUCUGUGGGUUGACCGCUGGGGUCGCCGCAAGACUCUGAUGAUCGGCUCGUUCAUGUGUGGUGCUACCUACUUCAUCCAGGCUGGUGUCUCGUACCUGGUCAUUGUCAUGGUGUACCUGUUUGUUAUCUCGUUCGCUGCCUCGUGGGGCCCUGUUGGCUGGAUCUAUCCGGCUGAGAUCUUCCCCAUGCACAUUCGCUCGCGUGCCAGCUCCAUUGCGACCGCAUCAAACUGGCUGUUCAACUUUGUUGUUGGUCUGGUUGCUCCUAUCCUGAUCAAGAAGAUCACAUGGGGUCUUGACCUCAUCUUCGCCAUUGAGAUGGAGGUCAUCUUCACUGGGUCUAUAUGGGCCCACAAGGAUGCUGCUCGUAUUGCUCAGUACGAUAGCGGCCGUAAGGAGAAGAGCGAUGACGUCUAA